GGAGAAAGGUCCAAUUUGAGAGAAUCAACUGAAUCAGAAUCCUUCAUUCGGUUUAAGCUCUCUGAUUCGCUAUCGCCACAGAGGACGAACUGGUAGCAGAAGGAAGCACAAGCCACAGUCGCCGAUUCUCGGUCCUCAUCGCUGCAGGGCUAUGGCAUGGCUCAUGUUCUUGGGUUCCAUAUUUGUACUAUGGGUGGCAUCUUUAUUGAAGAUUAUACAUGUGACAUAUACUGGUUCGAAGUCUGGAUUCUUGAAAAGUGAUGAUCACAGGAAUGUCUUGUUGGUUAUUGCUCAUCCUGAUGAUGAAUCCAUGUUUUUCACCCCAACAAUCAAUUAUUUGAUUUCACUGGGUCAUAAUCUUCAUAUAUUAUGCUUGUCUAAUGGUAAUGCGGAUGGCUUGGGAGAUACUAGGAACAGAGAAUUGUAUCAAGCUUGUGCUGUCCUCAAGAUUCCAUUAAACCAAGUGAAGGUGUUGGAUCAUCCAGAUUUGCAGGAUGGUUUUGGAAAUGUUUGGAAUAGGGAUUUGGUGGCAAAAGUAAUUAAAGAGGAUGUUGUAAGUCAUGCCAUAGACUUGAUUAUUACUUUUGAUAAUUAUGGUGUCUCUGGUCAUUGUAAUCACAGGGACCUGAACCAUGGUAUCAGACGGUUUUUGAAUGAUACAAGUGUUGAAGCUUGGGAACUGGUGAGCACAAACAUGCUACGCAAAUAUAGUGGACCAUUUGACAUCUGGUUAUCUCAUUUGAGUGCCCGAGGAGAAACACAUUGCUUGUUGAAUGAAAAACCAUUUAAAACUUAUCUCGCAAUGGCACAACAUUCAAGCCAGUGGCUUUGGUUUAGGAAGCUUUUUGUAUUCUUUUCAAGUUAUAGCUAUGUCAAUGUGCUGAAGAAGAUCAACAACUGAUCGGGUUAUUCGCUGAUGUUUCGUUGAUGUAGUUGAACACCAUACUGAGAAAUAGUUGUCCACGAAUUAAAUGGAUCGAUAUUCUUUGAUAAAUGUAAAGGAUAAUGUGGAUUC